ACUUUAUGCCGAACGGAAAGGCUCGUGCGUUACACUGAAUCUGUGCAACUCUGAUUGCAUGCAUGCAAGAAGGAGGGCGCUCGCGACGAAGAAUGCAAAUCCCGAAUGGUUCAUGAAUGACAACAAGUGGUUCGGAAGUUUAUUAAGCCUAUACAUACAGCUGGAUAUACAUACAGACAGGAUUUAUUAAGGAAUAAUAAACUCUUUAAGAGCAACUUGCCUAGAAAAGCCUUCCUUCAAAUAUUGUGAUGCUUUGGAGAUGAUUGACUUGGACUUUGCCCUCCGAUUGUUGGGCCAAUCGAAGAAAACCUGGAACAGAUUCUAUGUCGUUCCAACAGUGUUUCUUGCCUCCAACAACCUGGACGCCCUGUUUGAGUCGGGUUGAACAGCCCUCAACUUCCGUUCCAUCUCUUCGCUAGCGGGAGGGGUGGGGGACUGCUGUGCUUCCCCCUGCCCCUCCUUGUAGAGCGAGCCAGAGUACCAAACUCUUUACACCCGGUUGCUCCCACCUACUCUGCCCUCUCUCUCUCUCUCUCUCUCUCUCUCUCUCUCUCUCUCUCUCUCUCUCUCUCUCUCUCUCUGUAUGACCUCCUGCCAGAGUCUCAAGGAAGAGUUGUCUGUCCCCACCCUCGGAGGCAUGUCCCAGGAGGAGGGGCGCAGGGCUCAGGUGUCCCAGUCCUACUUCCACUCCCCCGCCUCAGAUCUGGACCUGACUAGCAAGCUGUACAAACGCGAGGCAGGCGGCAAGCCGUACUCCGUCCUCGUAGACAACAAGAUGGCACCGGUGAAGACGAGCACCGGGGAACAAGCCCUCGGACAGCUGCCCGUCCACCACAUCGCGUCCCCCCUGCACCACCACCUGCAACAGCAGCAGCUUUAUAGAGAGGGAGGUGAGCAGCAGGGGGCAGCCGGCCACAGCCCUGAGGCUGGAGGUGGGGGCACGCCAGAGGACUCGGAGGAGGGGGAGGAGGGCGAGGAGGAGAACGGCGAGGCGGGGAGCUUCAAGCGUGAGCAGAUCAUCGUGGAGGUCAACCUGAACAAUCAGACGCUGCACGUCUCCAAGAAGGACGGUUCGGAGAGAGGAGGGAGUGAUGAAGAUGAGGAGGAAGAGGAGGAGGAAGAAGAAGAGGAGGAGGAGGAGGAGGAGGAGGAAGAAGAAGAGGAGGAGGAGGAGGUAGAAGAAGAACAGAGUCCAAGUGAAGAGGAUUAUGAUGAUGAUAAUGAUGGCGUAGAAGAAGAGCUGGAGAUCCCAACGAGAGGGAAGAGGGUCCGAUUAGGGGCCGGGGGCCUCGACGCCUCCAGCCAGCCCCGGAGGAAGAGCCUCCGCACUGCCUUGACAGCCACCGGCAUGACGACCAGGGGGAGGCAGAAGCUGUUGGACUCCCCGAAGAAGAAGAAGAAGCACAGGCCGGGCCGCUCUGCCCACGCGGGCGCCGACUCGACCUCGGCUGUGAUGGUGAAGGGGGACGGCGAGGAGAAAGAGAUGCUGGCGUGCGAGAAGUGCCCCCGCGUGUUCAAUACCCGCUGGUACCUGGAGAAGCAUAUGAACGUCACUCAUAGGCGCAUGCAGAUCUGCGACAAGUGUGGCAAGAAGUUCAUCCUGGAGAGUGAGCUGGCCUUGCACCAGCAGACGGACUGUGAGAAGAACAUCCAGUGUGUAUCCUGCAAUAAGUCAUUCAAGAAGCUGUGGUCUCUGCAUGAGCACAUCAAAAUCGUGCACGGCUACGCAGAGAAAAAGUUCUCCUGUGAGAUCUGCGAGAAGAAGUUCUACACCAUGGCACAUGUACGAAAGCACAUGGUUGCACAUACUAAGGACAUGCCUUUCACAUGUGAAACAUGUGGGAAGUCGUUCAAGCGUAGCAUGUCAUUAAAGGUCCACUCCCUCCAGCACUCCGGAGAAAAGCCGUUUCGUUGUGAGAACUGUGACGAGCGGUUCCAGUACAAGUACCAGCUGCGGUCCCACAUGAGCAUCCACAUCGGACACAAGCAGUUCAUGUGCCAGUGGUGCGGCAAGGACUUCAACAUGAAGCAGUACUUUGAUGAGCACAUGAAGACUCACACAGGAGAGAAGCCUUUCAUCUGCGAGAUCUGCGGCAAGAGCUUCACCAGCCGGCCCAACAUGAAGCGCCACCGCCGCACCCACACGGGCGAGAAGCCCUACCCCUGCGACGUGUGCGGCCAGCGCUUCCGCUUCUCCAACAUGCUCAAGGCCCACAAGGAGAAGUGUUUCCGGGUCACCAGCCCCGUGGUCCUGCAGAGCGGCAGCCAGUCCCUUCCUCUCCGGAUCUUCUCCAACCCCCACCCCGCCUCCGGCCCUAACCCGGGUCCCCUGGGGCCCCAGCCCUCGACCCCCGCCGCCGCCAACCCCUCCCCCUCGGCCUCCAUGGUCUCCCUGAGCCCCUCGGAUGGAGCUCUGGCCCCCCGGGCCCCCGGGAGUCACACCUUUUCCCACCUGCAGCUCCACGUCACGCCCGCCAACCAUCAUCCGCACCAAGUCGCCGGCCAUCAGCAGCACCCAGGCACGCCUCAGCACACACUGCCACCGCCCCCGCCUGCCUCUGUACAGCAGCAGCACCACCAGCACCACCACCAUGUGGCGGUGCCCCCCGCCUCCCACCUCCCGCCUCCCCCAGCACUCUUUAAGAGUGAGCCCCUCAACCACUGUGGCCUGGAGGACAGCGGGUACCUACACCACAUGCCCCCCCCAGACAAAGGCCCGGGUGCGCCCCACCACUGAGGCACCCAGACCUCCCAGCUGUUGUACUGGGCAAGGGGUCAAAACUGAUAAGGACAGGACGUGUGUGUGUGUGUGUGUGUGUGUGUGUGUGUGUGUGUGUGUGUGUGUGUGUGUGUGUGUGUGUGUGUGUGUGUGUGUGUGUGUGUGUGUGUGUGUGUGUGUGUGUGUGUGUGUGUGUGUGUGAGCCUUGGACUGAUUAACUCUCAGUACACACGUUAGACAAGCGGUGUUGUUUACUGAGAAACUAGGAUCCACUGACUGAUUUACAAUCUUGUUGUGUUUUCCUUCUACCCCUUCAGAUCAUAUUGGCGGUGCGCAGUAGUUCAUGUUGGUGAAGAAUCUUUUCUAUGUCUGUCGCUCUUUCAUCAUGUUUAACAUGUGUUUCUGUGAAAUUUCAGAAAAAGUAUUAACCUGGUUUAGUGGACCCACCUCUGAUCCACACAAACAACCAUACAUCUCUAGAUGUCAAUUUGGUUGAUGAUUGCACACUGGCCUGGGCUUUUCUAUUUUUUUUUUUUUUUUUUUGAUUUUCUUUUAAGUGCAAGCUAGCGCCCUUGGGCCGGGUUAUGUAUGAUGAAUGUUUGACUUACUUCAGCCCUCUCUGGUGCUUCAUAAAGUCAACCGCAGUUGACCUUGUAGGUCACAGUGGGAUGUUUGGAGAGGUUUUCUAAGAAGCUUGGAUGUAUACAAGAUCUGAUAAUGGCUGAUUGGUUUAUGAUGGUAAAAUGGUGCUUUCCAUUCCAGUGCUACAUGUUGUGGUUAGGUUUCCAUUCGGACUGGCGGUUUAGUACGUGAUUGUGAUUGGACACUCGAGUCUGACGUAGUGAAACGAACAAAGGUUGGGCUUCGCUUUAACAACUUCACACAUAAUCACGUUUAGAAUCAUAGCAAGUAACACUAUGUAUGGCCGGUGAUCUUUUUUUGUAAUUAGUUUGAUCCAUUUAACCUCUGAUUUUUAGUACUGUUGAUCAACUAAUAAUUUUGGAAAACAGUUGCCUAUCAACAUACUACCACUGUGAAGGGCCUGGCAUUUGACCCCACCAUGAUUUCUCUGUGCUCUCCCUCUUUUUCUCUCCUCCUUUCUUUAUUUUUCCCUUCUCUUCCCCUUUCCUUCCUAGCCUCUGUCCGAAUAAUACGGGUCCGUUUCAUACAAUUCACGACACAUGGACUUUGCAUCUCUUAAUUGACCGUGCUUGAAAGUCACGGAUACAUUUUUCCCAUUUGGAGUUUUCGGAUCAUCUGAAUUUCUUUUCUGGUGGAUUUCUUUUCUUUCCGUUUUUCCCCGAUCAUUCUUCUCUUGAAAAAAACAGACAUACUUUGACGCACAUAGACAAAGCGGCAGGUCUUACCACAGUGAAUGUUUUCUACUUGGAGUAAUAGCAGUUUUAAAUAGAACGUUUCUGUGUUUAGUUUGAAAGGAUGUUCCUUUGGAAAACCUUGGAGGGUAGUGGUAGCCUUUCUGUAUUCUCAAAAUUCACCUCCAUGUAUAGACAAGCACUGUUGCAUCAAACGAGAAAUGGUGUUUUAAAUCCUCAUGUUUUCUUUGACUGUGUGAAUGUUCUAAGGGGAGGGGAAGGGCAGAGUAUAUGGACAGAGUAGUUGUGUUGCUUUAUUGAUGAAACUUUUCAACCUCUCGCCCCAUGCCGCACUGUUAUUUGAUAAGUACUUAAAAAAAGGCUGUUGAGCCUUGGCCCUCUUGUUUGUCCGGUCUGUCUGUGUGCAUGUGUCGUGCUAUUGGUUGUGUCUGGACAUAAUCUGUGGCUCCCAUACCAAAAGCUGCUUUUCCAGUACUUUUAUAUUCACCAUGGCCGGCGAUGUAGAGCAGUACAUUUAGGUCUAGCACAGUGAUUCUGUUUCGUCUUAUUUAGAGAUUAAACUGAACCACGGUAGUCUGCAUUACCUUUCAAGAGACCCACAACUAUCCCGCCACAUCUAGGGGGUCAUCCUCCUCCCCCAAGUUGUACUGUUUUUGCUUUAUUGUUCAGUAUGGAUAUUUUUUUAUUUUAAUGCUUUAUUUUAGUGUUUUCUCUGCACUUUACUUAUGUGUGGGCUAUAGGCACUGGGGAAGGAGAGGGCGAGGGAGACCAUGCAUUGCGGAUACGAGAAAGAUUGUGUCUGUAUGGGAGCGGUUGAAUGAGUGUAAGAUUGUGUAUAGGAGUGGUUGGAUGAGAGUAACAUUGUGUCCGUAUAGAGGCGGGUUGAUGAGAUUAGACUGUCUAUAGGAGCGGCUGGUUGAGAGUGAGAUUGUGUCUGUAUAGGAGCAGGUUAUUCGGUGGCUGGAUGAUGUUGAGUAAGGGAAGAGGAGGAGAGUCUGAGUGAUGGUGAUGUGGAAGCGACCAUAGCACACAAUGACUUAUUUACUAAUUAUUUCAAGUUCUUCCUUGUCCUUGUUUUGUUGUAAUUUCAUAAUGACAUUAUCUGAUAUGGACCCCUUCUUCUAAAAGUGUAACACACAUUUACCCAGUUAUUUUCACACAAGCUCUUCUGAACAACAUCUGAAAUGCAUUAUUUUUUACUUCAGUUCUUACUGUCUGUUCUUUCUGUGUGUUGUGUGAUUCUCCUCCUCUUCUUUUUCCUAUAGAAUGCACUUUCUACUAAAUUUCUUGACUACGGUAGUUAAAAAAAUAACAUUGUAUAUUCUUCAAAGAUGUUUUUAAAAAAUCAAUAUACAUUUUUCCCUUGUAUUUUUAACCACUUAAUGUAGCAUUGCGUAUUUUAUUAUUGUAUCUGGUACAAAAUGUGCAGCUUUACAAUGUCCCGGUUUGUCUUUUUGUAUGUUUCCGGAGGUUGAGAAUAUGUGGAAAUGUUGGGCCUUUUUUGAUAAUGUUCAUGUAACUGACUGCUAACUUUGAAAAGUAAAACAAGUAGCCACAAUUAGCACUCAUUUAUGUAUUUUUUGUAUCUUCAAAUAUGCUCCAGUAGGUUUGCCGUUAACAUUAACAUGAAAAUAGGGCUACGGUAGAAGAUAUACAAAAUGUUGGCUGAAGGUAGGCAAGCAAAUUGGGAGUUUUGCAUGUUUACAAAAUGUCUUUCAAACAUGCAUAUAUUGCAUAUGCAUUUGCAAAGUUUUUUGCUCUUAACAAAGUUCUUCUGCUCUCAGCUAUUCCAUAGUGUUAAGCCACCUUAUGUUCUGUGUUGCAUUGUGAGGCCGCCGUGGUCCUUUUUGGCCACCCUCCCUGCCCUUCAUUUGUUACUUUUCAACCAACAAUAACUAAUUUUGGCUGUAACACGUAGUCCAUAGCACAGAACUGGCCUAAACCUUUAGAGCAACACUGUAUACUGUCUGUCUUGGCAAAAAUAUGCUGCCAGACCAAACUUCAUAAUAAUUCAUUCAUUUGUUGUUCCUCUGUUGACAACAAAGGACAUCCAUUGCUUGCACUCAUGAAAUACAUAAUGAAAUUCAAAAAUGUUCAUAAAGCCGUCCAUACACUUUAAAAUAUUCAAAUGUCUCUCAAAAAGCAGACGUUUAAUCAGUAGCCCUUCAGUAUAUGCAAAGUUGGAGAAUGUAAUUUAUUCUUCUCGUCUCGAUGUUACAUUUUAUAUUUCAGCACACUCGCUGUGGAUGGAUCCUGGACCAUUUCACACCAUAACUCUGUAGUGGCUGUUAUCUUUGCAGGGGUUUGGAGAGAGCCGAGGCGUCGAUUUAUGGAUGAGUAAAUGUGUGACUCACAUCGUGGGCGGUCAGGUACAGGCGGGCUCUCUUCGUCGGCGGAGGAGUAAAGAGAUGGUAGUUCACUGCAACCAUUCCCGUUUGGCUUCCAAAAUCGUGAGCAUCGCUGAAAGUCAUUAAACCUACCUGGCGAGGGGCCGAGGGAGGAGUCGCAGAUGUCUGACCACGCCGAUAAGGAGAGGUACUCGUGCUGUAGGGCACAGAGUUCCACUGAUUGGAAAGUCCAUUAAUGACCAUCGUAUAGCGCGCUCUCUGCGUUGGCGUUGAUUAAUGUUGCAUAUUGCACGACUUGUUAUAGCGAUUACGUGGCGCAUGUUCCAUAUGUGAUUUUCUACGUUUCAACGCGCAGUUGGAUUUCCAAUUGAUGUAGACAAAUUGCUUUCAGGAGCCAAUAAUCAUUAUCUUUGUUAUGCAUAUGUAUAUAUUCAUCAACAAUAAUGCGUUGAUGAAGUUGUAGGGAAAGGUUAUGAAAAUGCACAUUAACUUAAAGGAUAUGUUUGGAGCAAUUUACGCAAUAUGACACACAGCGGUCUUUCAAAAAAAGAAUUUUAAAGCAUUGUCAAACGUAUAGGCUAUGUAGGUUGAAAUGAGGCACUAUCCUCGCCUCAAGAAUACAGCGUGUGUCACCUUGACAAACUGGUUGGGAACCCUAAGAAGAACCCAAGAAUCUUAAGUCCUAGAUCAAUUGUCAAUGAUCUAGUCAACGGUCAUGCACACUCGCUUGGCGUUUUAUUCGCGGGGAAAUUCAUAAGUGACCCAGCACCCAUGAGAUGCUUCCAGAUGAAUUGCUUUUGUUUCAUCUGUAGUUGGGGAGGGUUCAAAUGAUUCCUUCAAGUGCCGUCUACGUCACACGCGUGCCUGUGUUUUUUGACUUCACAUAAAGGCACACCAGCAGAGCGCCGUUCGCAGAUCAAGAAAGAGAACGGGCU